AAGGUGCCAACUCUCAGAUGCUCAUUCGCUUCCCCCGGGCCCCCAUCGGCGGCUGGCGGCUCCCUCGGCGGGGAGAGGGGGGGCUUGAGUCUCCGGACCGUCGACCAGCCAGGGGGCGACUGCCCCGCUCCGCCCGGGGGCCCCCUCCGAUCGCCCUGCGGUUCUGCGGACACCCCGCGGCGCCCGCCCCCGCCGCCUGCUCCACGCCGCUGGGGACGCGGAAUUGGCCCCGCUAAAGCGAGCCCCGCGGGCUGCGGCGGGAGGUGUCCCGGCUUCGGAGCCUGGCCGCCGGCAUGGCCGGUUCCUGACGGGUGGCACCUGCCGGAGGAAGAGGACGCAUGGGGGAGGCCGUGCGCCACGGGGCCCGGAGCUGUGCCAGAGCCAGGAGCCCCCCGCGGGGUCGGCCGCUCCGAGGCUGCCUGGGCGCCGCUCAGCGGGGGCUGCUCUGAGCCCUGCGCCCUGCGCUCUGCGCUGCGCGGCGAGCCGGGCCUCCAGUGGCGGCGGCCGGAGGGGGAUGCCCGGACUUGCGCGCCUUUCCUGCGCUCGCCGCCUCCCAGCUGCCCGGGCUGCGCGGAGCGGCCGGGCCGGGGAAUCGACGCCCCGCUAGGGGCUCUCGCCGCAGCCGGCCCGGUGGGCGCGAAGGGGAGGCGCGCCGGGCGCAGAUGCGGGGCGCUGCGGCCGGCGCGGUCCGCUCCCCCGGGCACUCAUGAGCAGAGGGGCCAGUCUGCAGCGGAGAACCACCUACCUGAUCUCCCUGACCCUGGUCAAGCUCGAGUCCGUGCAGCCGCCGGAGGAGCAGGCCAAGGCGGGGGCGGAAGAUGGAGCCCCCCAGCCCGGCUCCAGCCCGGCCACCCCCGGCCUCUCCGGGGUGAGGGCGCGCCGGGAGGGCGAGGGGUCCCGGGCGGAGGAAAGCGCCAAGAGCAAGCGCCAGGAGCGGAGCUUCCACCGGCAGGAUGCGUUAUGGAUCAGCACCAGCAGCUCCGGCCCGGGGGACUAUUUCCUGCAGCUGUCGCCCAGCAGCCCCCGGACCCCGGUGCCCUCGCCCUCCCCGUCCCCGGAGAGCGCCGGCCGGCUGCUCGCCCUCUGGGCCGGCCCGGGGCUGCCCUCGCCCAGUGCCAGCACCCCCGGCCCGGGGGCCCCGGCUGAAGACCCCAGAGCUCCGGAUCCCAAAGCGGACGCUCCUCUGACCCUGACGCCGCCGGCGGUGCCCCCCAAGCCGGGCACUGCUCUGCACCCGGCAGCCCCAGCUGUGCCCCCCAAGCCGGACACUGCACUGCAUCCAGCUGUGCCCCCCAAGCCGGACACUGCACUGCAUCCAGCUGUGCCCCCCAAGCCGGACACUGCACUGCAUCCAGCUGUGCCCCCCAAGCCAGGCAUUGCACUGCAUCCAGCUGUGCCCCCUAAACCGGACACUGCAGUGCAUCCAGCUGUGCCCCCUAAACCGGACACUGCAGUGCAUCCAGCUGUGCCCCCCAAGCCGGACACUGCACUGCACCCAGCAGUUCCCCCUAAGCCGGACACUGCACUGCACCCAGCGGUGCCCCCUAAGCCGGACACUGCACUGCACCCAGCUGUGCCCCCUAAGCCGGACACUGCACUGCACCCAGCGGUGCCCCCUAAGCUGGAUGCCGCACUGCACCCAGCUGUGCCCCCCAAGCCGGACGCCGCACUGCUCCCAGCUCUGCCCCCCAAGCCGGACGCCGCACUGCUCCCAGCUGCCCCACUUGUGCCCCCAAAGCCAGAAGCCAUUGUGGCCCCAGCGGCUCCGGGGGUGAAUGAGACCCUGGAGGUGCCAGGCGAGCGGAGCCAGACCCCCAGGGAAGGUUUGCCGCCCCUCACCACCAGCUGCUCCUCCAGUGCGGCGGCUCCAGGCCGGAGGCUGCUGCUAAGCCAUGCCAGCUGGGGCUGCCCCGACGUGCGGGAGCCCGGAGCACCGGAGGGCGGCGGUGCCGGCCGAGCCGGGGGCUCCUCGUUCUCCUCCCCUCUGGGCCCUGGCGCCUCCUCGCCUCACCCAGCGGCCGGGAGCCGGCGCCUCCGGCUGGCCAGCAACAAGCCUUUCAAAACAGUGACCACCAGCGGCGUCAAGAUGGGCUCCGAGCCCAAGGCGGGCAAAGGCGCCCACAAGGGGGGCCCAGGCAACCGGCUGUCGUGGCCGGAAAGCGAGGUGAAGGGCCGCAUGAAAGGGGGCCCCAAAGGCAGCGGGGAGGCGGCCCCCCGGGCCACCGCCAGGGCGAAGCUGUCGCCGCGCAAAGGCAAGAGCAAGACCCUGGACAACAGCGACCUGCUCCUGGACGCCGAGGGCCCGGCGGCCUCGGCCUUCUGCCCCUCGGAGGCCGGCGUGGGGCUGAAGCGGGGCCGCGAGGGCGGCCGGGCCUCCACCCGGGACCGCAAGAUGCUCAAAUUCAUCAGCGGCAUCUUCACGAAGAGCCCGGCCUCCACCCCCACCCACCCCGGGCCCGGGUGGGGCCUGGGCAACCGGGAGCUGCUGAGCCCCGAGCGAGCCAAGGGGUCCUCACCCAAGGCCAUAGCAAACAGCCAGGAAUGGACCCUCAGCCGCACCAUCCCGGAGCUCAGACUGGGCGUCCUGGGGAGCAUCAAGAGCGGGAAGUCGGCCCUCGUCCAUCGCUUCCUCACCGGCUCCUACCUGGGCCUGGAGCCAGCCGAGAGCGGACAGUUCAAGAAGGAAGUGGUGUUGGACGGGCAGAGUCACCUGUUACUGAUCCGAGAGGAAGGGGGUGCCCCGGACCUCAAGUUUGCCAGCUGGGUGGAUGCCGUGGUCUUUGUGUUCAGCCUGGAGAACGAAGACAGCUUCCAGGAGGUCUCCCAGUACUACAACCUCCUGAGCAGCUACCGCAACCCCUCGGAGGUGGCUGUGGCCCUGGUGGGCACGCAGGACAAGAUCAGCUCCACCAACCCCCGGGUGAUCGAGGACCCGCAGGCCCGGGCGCUCUGCAGCGACAUGAAACGCUGCCUCUACUACGAGACCUGCGCCACCUACGGCCUCAACGUCGACCGGGUCUUCAGUGAAGUCGCCCAGAAGGUCGUGACUCUGAAGAAGCAGCAGCAGCUCCUGGCCUCCUGCAAGUCCCUGCCCAGCACCCCCAGCCACUCGGCCGCCUCCACCCCCGUGGGCGGGAUCCACCCUGGGCAGGCCAGUAAUGGAGGCCACGCGAGCGAUUACUCCUCCUCCUUGCCGUCUACACCCAACAUCAGCCACCGCGAGCUGCGGAGCGAAGGCUCGGUCGGGAUCGGCACCCCCAGCUCUCUGCACCGCGGGGCCAAGCGCCGCACCAGCCUCUUCACGAACCGCCGGGGCAGCGAUUCGGAGAAGAGGAGCUUGGACAGCAGAGGGGACAGCACGGGCAGCGGCCGCGCCAUCCCAAUCAAACAGAGCUUCUUGCUGAAACGCAGCGGCAAUUCCCUCAACAAGGAGUGGAAGAAGAAAUACGUGACCCUAUCCUGCAAUGGCCUCCUCUUCUACCACCCCAGCAUCAACGAUUACAUUCACAGCACCCACGGGAAGGUGAUGGACCUCCUGCGCACCACCGUCAAGGUGCCCGGCAAGCGCCCCCCCAGGGCCAUCUCUGCCUGCAGCCCCUCUUCCAGCAUCAACGGCCUGGUGCGGGACGUGAGCGGGGGGCAGGCGCCCGAGGGUGGCGCUAGCCUCUCCCCCGCGGUGCUGACCAUCCCGACAGAACAAGCGGCAAAGGCCUCGGGGAAGGCGGACCGGCCCCUCCAGCGUUGCGCUUCGGCAGCCAGCGCCAAGACCUCCAGCGGGGAGGGGUCCCCGGCCGGAGAAGGGGUGUCCAGCCCCAGUCCCAGCCCCGGAGGCAAAGACCCGCCUCCUUCGCCCAUGAUUGACAGGAAGAAGCAUCGCCGGAAGAAGUUGAUGACCCCCUCGAAAACCGAGGGGUCAACGGGGCAGGCGGAAGCCAAGCGCAAAAUGUGGAAAUUAAAAACCUUUGGUAGUUUAAGAAAUAUUUAUAAAACAGAGGAGGAGAACUUCGAGUUCAUCAUUGUGUCGAGCACGGGCCAGACAUGGCACUUCGAGGCCGGCAGCUUCGAGGAGAGGGACGCCUGGGUCCAGGCGAUCGAAAGCCAAAUCCUGGCCAGCCUGCAGUGCUGCGAGAGCAGCAAAAACAAGGCCCGGAUGGACAGCCAGAGUGAAGCGGUAGCCAUCCAGGCCAUCCGGAACGCCAGAGGCAAUUCCUUGUGUGUGGACUGCGGGGCACCGAACCCCACCUGGGCCAGCCUGAACCUGGGGGCGCUGAUCUGCAUCGAGUGCUCGGGCAUUCACCGAAACCUGGGCACCCACCUGUCGCGGGUGCGCUCGCUGGACCUCGACGACUGGCCCCUGGAGCUCACCCUGGUGCUGACGUCCAUCGGCAACGAGACGGCCAACAGCAUCUGGGAGAAGAACACCCAGGGACGCCGGAAGCCCACCUGCGAGUCGUCCCGGGAGGAGCGGGAGUCGUGGAUCCGGGCCAAGUACGAGCAGCGGCUGUUCCUGGCCCCGUUCCCCAGCCCCGAGAUCCCACUGGGGCAGCAGCUGUUCCGGGCCGUGCAGGAGAAGGACCUGGGCACCGUGCUGCUGCUGCUGGCGCACAGCUCCAAGGAGCUGAUCAACACCUGCUCCGGGGACAAGGACCGGCGCACGGCCCUGCACUUGGCCUGCGACCUGCCCCAUGUGGUCAUCACCCAGCUGCUGGUCUGGUACGGCAUUGACGUGAAGGCCCGAGACGCGCUGGGCCACACGGCCCUUUUCUACGCCAGGCGAGCCGGGAGCCAGGAGUGCGCCGAGAUCCUCCUGCAGCACGGCUGCCCCAGCGAGGGCCACGGCACCGUCGCCACGCCCGGCCUGCGCCGGAAAAGCAGCACCGCCAGCAUGGGACGGUGUGACACUCGGACCGCCCUGGUAUAGCCAGCCAGCCCCGCUGGACUGCCCCGUGCGGGGCCUCGGGGCUCAGCCCAGAGCGGGGGGAGACUGCCAACGCCUCGGCCCUCUGCAGAGCCCUCCCCAGCGGGCUGCGGCCUGCCUCGGGCCACCUGGACCGGGUGCGCCGGAGCCCGAGCCUGACGCAGGGCUGGAGGGGAAGGACGCGGGGGUGGCCAGGGGACAACUCCAGUGGCAGGCCCGUCCUGCGCGGGCCGUACCUGCCGGACGCUGAAGGGACGUUCGGCCCAACGGGCCCAGCUUUUCCGGGCACGGCUGGCGAGGCGGGUGCCCAGGUGAGGCCACCCCUGGGUGCUGGCUGGGCAGGACGCCGGGCGUCCCCAUCCUCUGGCCACUGUCGGACAAUUUGUAUUUUUGAUGCUCUAUUUAUUACUCAGCCCCUGCUGUGGGGCCCGUUCUGUCCCUGUCUCCUCAGGGCCCCUGCUGCCCCUCCCUACUGCGCCAGCACAUCUUCCCAAGGCCUCCUGCGUGGCUGGGCAGGGGAUGGGAACACGCAGGACAAAGAGAGGCAGCUUUGUCAGAGCACAGGGCCGGGAGCCAGGACUCCUGGGUUCUGUCCCUGGCUCUGGGAGGGGAGUGGGGUCUAGUGGUCGGAGCACAGGGCCGGGAGCCAGGACUCCUGGGUUCUGUUCCUGGCUCUGGGAGGGAAGUGGGGGGUCUAGUGGUCAGAGCACAGGGCCGAGAGCCAGGACUCCUGGGUUCUGUUCCCAGGUCUGUCACUGACUUGCCCUGUGACCCCCGCGGGCCGCACCCUCCCGUCCUUCCAGUGGGGUUUAAGGACACGGCCGGGGUGGGGAGGGAUCCUUCGUUCCUGUCCGUAAUGAGCUUUGACGGUGAAACGUGCUCAGUGUUGUGCCAAGGUGUUUGGGUUCCCAACCUGCCCCUGGAUAGACAAGGCCCUGCAGCAAGGGGAGAGGGCUGACGUUAGCGGGGGUGGGGGUGAUGGGCCCCCCCACCCCCAAUCCAGCUGCCACAGCCCUGAACCUCCAGUCCCUGUGCGCCCCCUCCCAUUCCAUGAAGGGGGGGAGGGGAAGCAGUUCAUCCCGUUCCCCUGCUCUCUGUCUCCACCAUGGCGGGGGCGGGGGGAGGGGAACACGGCUGUGCCCCCACCCCAUGCAGCUGGGGGCUCCCAACUAGGUACACUGGCCCUGCGCAGACACCAGAGGGCGACAGUCUCCUUGCUACCGUUUUGUGCGGCGUGUGGGAGUGGGGCCCUCAGCCAGCCCCUUGCGCGUGUGGGGCUGGACACCGGGGUUCCACUGGGGUUUCUGGGAGGGGAGUGGGGGUUGAUGGGUUAAAGGGGUGGGGGGCUGGGAGUCAGGACCUCUGGGUUGUAUCAUGGCUGUGGGAGGGGAGUGAGGUCCAAUGAGUAGAGCGGGGGAGUGCGGACUGGGAGCCAGGACGCCUGGGUUCUAUCCCCAGCCCUGGGAGGGGCGUGGGAGCUGGUGGGGGCUGGGAGUCAGGACGCCUGGGUUCUCCCUGCUGUAGCAAAGGUGGUCCCUGGAUGGCUCAGGCAGCGAUGCAGAGCAGGUGUUCCCUCGUUAUUUACCAGCAGGGUCACCUCCCCCCUCCCCACCCCAGAUAGAGGCGCCAACCCACCCACCCCUUUGCCAGCCUGCGCCCUGUUUCAUGCUCCAAAUCCAGCCAGAGGCGCUGGGCUGCCCCACGCCCGCCCCUCCAAGCCAGCACCUCUCUGAAAAGCAGUAUCCCUUCGCAGGCCCGGGCGAGGGAGGGGGGGCUGCCUGGCACGGGGCAUUGACACCCCCCGCCCUUGGGUCAUCCAUCCAGGAGCUGGCACAGCGCCUCCUUAGCGCCAGGCCCAGCUUUCAAUCCAUUCCUGUUGUACAAAGUCCCCGUCCCCUUGCCCCACCGACCGCCCUUUCCUAGCCUCCUCUCGGGACCCUGUUUUAAUUUAUUUGCUUCUCCGAGCAUUUGGCUCAUGCCAGAAAUCUCCCUCCCUCCCGCUCGCUGUCUCUUCGACGAGGCUGGGUUGGCAGCUCCCCCGGCACACUGUUUACAGGGCACGCGUGGCCCUUCGGUGUUGUGUGGCCCCGGCCGAGGCCUCCGAAAGUGGCUGUUGUGAGUGACGUGGUGUCAGGCUUUAUUUCGAUACGUGAUCAGGGUACUACAGACCCCCGCAGACACACACAUACCAAUCGGCCAUCCCUGCCGCUGCCUGGGGCACUGGCUGGCACGUUACCCCCCAUGCUGCGUUGAAAGCCAUUCCCGCUGUUUCUUGCUUUAAUUUCAGGCCUGGGCGGGGGUUGAUCUUCGGGGGCCGGGGGGUCCAGGCCAGUGGCUGGGCCCGACCGUGAGUUUAGAGGGCCGAGAGCUCCAUUGCUCUCCGCUGGGCCCGCAAUCGGCCCCCAGCUCCCCCCGGUCUUCCAAACCAGCUGAGCGGCUCAGUUCAUGAAUGUCUGGCUACCGUGUUGCACAAAGGAAGUCUUGCCCUCCCUCUCUGCGGUGGCCCCGGGGGGCCAGAGCCAGGCCUAGGGGGCAGGGACGCUGCCCCGUCCCUCCAACCACCAGCGCUGCCGUAGGCUCCAGGGUUCGGGGCAACCGGUCUGAACCGGGGGGAGGUCACUGACCGGCCUGCGUGGCAUCGCAAUGGCUUUACCCCUUGGGAGGCGGGUAGCGGACGUUGGCAGCGAAGUGGGGGUCUGGGAGGCUGGGGGAGGAAGCAGCCUGGGUCCCCCGGGCGUGGCUGGAUCGGGGCGGAGGGGCGUGUGUGUGGGGGGGGUGGGGGGCAUGGCCAGCCGGCACUGACACCAGUGGCCGUGUAUAGCAUUUUAAUCUCUUGGAUUGUAACUGUAAGUACGUAACAAUGUCCGAUUUAGAGCUGUA